CGGAAGUGACGCGCCCGGGGUUUGUUGACAGCGGAGGCGGCGGCGGCUGCAGGCUGCGAGCCGUAGGAGCCGGAUCGGGGGAGGGGCCGGGCCCGGGAGCCAGCACCCGGUGGCCCUCAGCCCGACGGGCAAGGUAACGGCCACGGGGUCGCCGCCGUGACCCCCUCCCGCCUGGGGCUCCAGCCCCCGGGAUCCCAGGCUCCGCCCCGCCGACCCCAGUGCUAACCCGGACCCCGGCCGUAGCCUGACGAGAUCCCCGAGCUGAGACGCUCUGGCCCCGGGCUCUCCCGGGCCCCCUCCUGCGCCCCUCCUCGCCCAGGAAGCAUCUCGGCCGCUUCGCGACGCUGAGGGCAGGCCCCAUCCCAGGGCCGCGGUCCUGCCAAUGAUCCUGUGAGUCCAGGGAGUCACUGUUGCCCCUGGGGGCCUUGACCUGGAGAGGCCCAGCCGCCUGCCCCCAGCAUGGCGUCUGACACGCCCGAGUCGCUCAUGGCCCUCUGUACCGACCUCUGCCUGCGCAACCUGGACGGCACCCUGGGCUACCUGCUGGACAAGGAGACCUUGCGCCUACACCCUGACGUCUUCCUGCCCAGCGAGAUCUGUGACCGGCUUGUCAAUGAGUACGUGGAGCUGGUCAACGCCGCCUGCAACUUCGAGCCCCACGAGAGCUUCUUCAGCCUCUUCUCCGACCCCCGCAGCACCCGGCUCACCCGCAUCCACCUCCGCGAGGACCUGGUGCAGGACCAGGACCUGGAAGCCAUCCGCAAGCAGGACCUGGUGGAGCUGUACCUGACCAACUGCGAGAAGCUGUCGGCCAAGAGCCUGCAGACGCUGCGCAGCUUCAGCCACACCCUGGUGUCCCUGAGCCUCUUCGGCUGCGCGAACAUUUUCUACGAGGAGGAGAACCCGGGGGGCUGCGAGGACGAGUGCCUCGUGAACCCCACCUGCCAGGUGCUGGUCAAGGACUUCACCUUCGAGGGCUUCAGCCGCCUGCGCUUCCUCAACCUGGGCCGCAUGAUCGACGGGGUCCCCGUGGAGUCCCUGCUGCGGCCACUCAGCUCGCUGGCCGCCCUGGACCUCUCGGGCAUCCAGACGAGCGACGCCGCCUUCCUGACCCAGUGGAAGGACAGCCUGGUGUCCCUCGUGCUCUACAACAUGGACCUGUCGGACGACCACAUCCGGGUCAUCGUCCAGCUGCACAAGCUGCGACACCUGGACAUCUCCCGAGACCGCCUCUCCAGCUACUACAAGUUCAAGCUGACUCGGAAGGUGCUGAGUCUCUUUGUGCAGAAGCUGGGGAACCUGAUGUCCCUGGACAUCUCUGGCCACAUGAUCCUGGAGAACUGCAGCAUCUCCAAGAUGGACGAGGAGGCCGGGCAGACCAGCGUCGAGCCGUCCAAGAGCAGCAUCACGCCGUUCCGGGCCCUGAAGAGGCCGCUGCAGUUCCUCGGGCUCUUCGAGACCUCCCUCUGCCGCCUCACACACAUUCCCGCCUAUAAGGUGAGCUGGUCAUCACAGCCCUCAAGUGCCACAAGUAUGACAAGAACAUCCAGGUGACAGGCAGCGCCGCCCUCUUCUACCUGACCAACUCCGAGUACCGCGCCGAGCAGAGCGUCCGGCUGCGCCGGCAGGUCAUCCAGGUGGUGCUGAAUGGCAUGGAGUCCUACCAGGAGGUGACGGUGCAGAGGAACUGCUGCCUCACCUUGUGCAACUUCAGCAUCCCCGAGGAGCUGGAGUUCCAGUACCGCCGCGUCAACGAGCUGCUGCUCGGCAUCCUCAGCCCCAGCCGCCAGGACGAGUCCAUCCAGCGCAUCGCCGUGCACCUGUGCAACGCCCUGGUGUGCCAGGUGGACAACGACCACAAGGAGGCCGUGGGCAAGAUGGGCUUCGUGGUGACCAUGCUGAAGCUGAUCCAGAAAAAGCUGCUGGACAAGAUCUGUGACCAGGUGAUGGAGUUCUCCUGGAGUGCCCUGUGGAACAUCACGGACGAGACGCCCGACAACUGUGAGAUGUUCCUCAACUUCAACGGCAUGCGGCUCUUCCUCGACUGCUUGAAGGAAUUCCCAGAGAAGCAGGAGCUGCAUCGGAACAUGCUGGGGCUGCUGGGGAACGUGGCAGAGGUGAAGGAGCUGCGGCCGCAGCUGAUGACGUCCCAGUUCAUCAGUGUCUUCAGCAACCUGCUGGAGAGCAAGGCUGAUGGCAUCGAGGUCUCCUACAAUGCCUGCGGCGUCCUCUCCCACAUCAUGUUCGACGGGCCCGAGGCCUGGGGCGUCUGUGAACCCCGGCGGGCGGAGGUGGAGGAGCGCAUGUGGGCAGCCAUCCAGAGCUGGGACAUAAACUCACGGAGGAACAUCAACUACAGGUCCUUCGAGCCCAUUCUCCGCCUCCUGCCUCAGGGCAUCUCUCCUGUCAGCCAGCACUGGGCCACCUGGGCCCUGUACAACCUCGUGUCUGUCUACCCGGACAAGUACUGCCCCCUGCUGAUCAAAGAAGGAGGGCUGCCCCUGCUGAGGGACGUGAUCCAGAUGGCGACGGCGCGGCAGGAAACCAAGGAGAUGGCCCGCAAGGUGACUGAGCACUGCAGUACCUUCAAAGAGGAGAACAUGGACGCGUCCAGAUAGAGGCUCCGCCACGCCCGCCAGCGCUCCGCACCCGGGGCCGGGGCGCCGCUCACGCAGCCCCGCCGCAGGCCCUCCGGGAGCCUCCCGCAGGACACACAGACGCGGGGGACUUUUGCACAACCGACGCUUUUCCUUAACAUUAGUGAGAUAUAUAUAUUAUAUAUAUAUAUUAUUUUUUUUGGUUAGGAAGUGUGAAGUUUUGUGUGUAUGAUUUCUGUACGGAAACAAAAGAGACCCUCCCCGAGUCCUCGCAGCUUUAUGGCCAUUCUCAAACCCCACCGAGAGCCUGCAUCGCUGCCACCCUACCCUGCCCCUGCCCCGCCCGAGGCCCCAAGGCCGAUGACCAGCGAGAGCCCGGACCUGUCCUGUCCGCCCCUCCCCGGCUGGCACCCAGACCCCUGAAGGCCCGUCUGGGCCCCUGGGUGCGGCUGACGGGGCUUAGAGUUGAAAACUGGUCCUCCCGGGUCUCUCCGACGCCUUGGUGCUCCCAGCUGCAGGCCAUCGGGGCAGGAGAGGGCGCGUUCCCAGGCCUAGGGCCAGGUGUCCCCGCCCCAGAGGCCCCUGGAGGAGCGGGGCUCCCUGCGGCUCUGCAGCUCCUGGGCCAGGCCUGCCUGCGGCCACGCUGCUACGGAGGCUGCCUCUGAGUCUCCCACCAGGCCCCAGGCUACCGCAGGCCCCAGCCCAGGGACAUCAGAAAUUCAGGGGUGAGCUACUGCCCCUCUGCCAACACGUCCCGCCUGCACCUUCCGGAGCCGGGGGCUUGCUCCGGCCCUCCCUCACCCUCCUCUGCCCACAAGCACCCAAGGUGCCCAGGCACCCCCACCAGCAGAACUGAGCCUGCUUCCUGCACCCCGCGCACCCUGCUGCCCAGAGGCCACGCGCCUCCCCAGGCAGGAGGUUCCCACCGCAGUCCCUCAGGGCAGCAGCGGGCGGCCGCCUCCAGACCAGCAGCUGGGCCGCCGUGGUGGCCACUGGGCCUGCCCCGGGCUCUGCUCCGAAAAGCAGCACCUGUGCGCCCCUCCUUCCCGCACGCUUCUCAUCAGACACAGGUGGGGAGGCCAAGGAAGGAGCCGGCCCCGCAGGCGGCCCCUGGGCCUGCUCUGGACUCUGCCAGCAGUCCUGCCCCGCAGCCGGCAGCUCAGGGACGGUGCCCAGCCCUCCCUCCUGGAGUCUCCCCUGGCCGAGGGGGGCGGCGGCCCCGUGCUCCCGCCGCGUGGUGGACGGCCGCCUCGGCCCAGCCAGAGCCCCGGCAGGGCUCCCCUCGCGUCGCUUUACCACCUGGGGCCGGGGCAAACGUCUGUACUUGGGGAUGUCACAGAAAUACAUUUUUGUGCGAAGUGCACAA